GCGGGUCAGUGUGUUAGAGCUGCUGGGAGGAAGAUGGGAGAGGCUGAUGUUACUCUGAACCAGACCGACGAGAAGCCUCCGGACUCCGGCUUGGCUCCCGGAGAGGACUCGGUGGUCUGGAGCCACGAGGUGGAAGUCUGUCUGUUCCACGCGAUGAUCGGACACAAACCCGUCGGAGUGAACCGUCACUUCCACAUGAUCUGCAUCAGAGAUAAGUUCAGUCAGAACAUCGGACGCCAGGUUUCCUCCUCCGUCAUCUGGGAUCACCUGGGAACCAUGUACGACAUGCAGGCUCUGCACGAGUCGGAGAUUUUGCCGUUUCCAAACACAGAGAAGAGCUUCUCUCUGCCUGAUGACAUCAUCCAGGAAGUGAAAGAAGGGAAGCUGGGCUCAGAGGAAGACAGCAAAGAGGAGUUCAGGAUGGAGAGAGAACCUCCUGCUACACACGAAGAAGGUAGCAACUCCUCGGUGAAGAUGUCGGAGCGAACGAGCAGCAGUCGGGAAAAAGAGAGAGAGCGAGACAAGGAGAAAGGAGGGAGCGAGGGAGGAGCGGUGGGAGGAGGAGGAGGAGGAACGGGAGGAGGAGCAGCAGGAGGAGGAGGAGCGAAGGAGGCGGAGAAGAGGAAGAGGAGCCGAGCGGCGGAGAAGCUGCUGUCGUCCUCCAACCCGGCGAGUCCCGGAGGAGCCAAGAGGAGGCGCACCUGAGCGGCGGCCCGGACGGACGCAGAGCGGAGGAGAGACGAGCCGCCGCCGUCACGGGAUCGAACCUGCGAGCUGCGUGUCACGUGACUGUCUGAUGGCUGCAGACAGGAAACAGGAAACAGUUUGCGUGACGUCGCAGACGGACGGCGCCGAGUCGGAGGUUAAAACAAUGACCUGUAAUUAUUAUUCCUUUGUGUAAUCUUAUCGUGUCCCAGUAGUCGAUGUUCAGUGGCUCGGAGCGGGUCCACGGGCCGCGGGUUGGGGACCACUGCUGUAGGGGACGAAGCAGAAGAGUGUUCUUUUGUUUUUUUAUAGAUUUUCUUUUAUGUCAUUUUGUGUGUUUUUGGGGUUUUUUUGCAUCUGGACUCAGUUUCAUCCAGCUGUGACACUUCAUGAGGAUUUAUUCUAUUCAAACGUCUGAUCAGCUGACAGGAAGUAGAUCCCAGCGGACCCGCCUCCAGAGACCCACCGUCCACCUCACACUGAAACAGCUGAUGUCAGAAAGGAUUUGUCCUCUAGCGCCACCUGCAGGUUUAACCCUUUACAUGCUGUUCAUGUUCUCACUCAUCAGUCUCUGAGGCAGGAGGGUCAUGUGAUCUCAUGCGGGCCGGAUCAACCCCUCGGCAGGCCGGUUCUGGACCACGCGCCUCAUGUUUGACACCAAUUCACCGAUUUAAAACAUUAAAAACAUGCAUUUUUUUCCCCUUUUUUUAUAAACUGUGAGUGAGUUUAAACUCUCAGAUGAGCCUGAACAGAAUGUAAAGGGUUAAAGUUUUGUUUCUCAACAUCUGGAAGGUUUUAUUCUCCUCUAGCGCCACCUUCAGGUUCUCUUUAUUUCUACAUCUUGACACAAUCUAUUGGUUGAUUGUUGUAAUAUUGGUUGAGUAAUAAUAAUAAGAGACUCUGGUUGGAGAUGGACGACUCUUCACUUCAUAUAAAAACUAGAACAUUAAAUUUAAUACAAAGUUUUUUUCCUCCAUAAUUUAAUUUCAUCAGAAAAAAUGAGUUUAUAUUUAAAGUAUGAGCUCGUGUGUGUAGAAUCAACACUGAGCUGCAUUUAAAGUCAUUUCCAGUCCGUCUGAAUCUUUGCUUUUAUGUUGUUUAAGAUGUUUUUAUGUCACAGAUGUAGAAAGAAUCACUCGGCUGGUUUCAUAUAAUCAAUACUUUCAUUUCAUUGGUUGAUAAUUUGUAUUUUAUGCUUUUUAUAAAACGUUGAUGGAAGAAAACUGAUGUUUCUUUAAAGAUGAGCUCAGAGCCUCUUCCUCAUCCUCCUCUUCUUCCUCCUCUUCCUCAUCAUCCUCCUCUUCUUCUUCCUCAUCCUCCUCUUCUUCCUCUUCCUCCUCCUCCUCAUCCUCCUCCUCUUCUUCCUCAUCCUUCUCUUCUUCCUCCUCUUCCUCAUGUUUCUCCUCUUCCUCCCCCUCCUCAUCCUCUUCUUCCUCAUCCUCCUCUUCCUCCCUCUCCUUUUCCUCCUCUUCUUCCAACUCCUCCUCUUCCUCAUCCUCCUCAUCUCUACACCUGCUGCUUCAGUUUGCCACCAAAUUCCUGCAGAUCUCGUCACAUUUUGACGCCUGACUUACGCUGCCGAUGUUCUGCAGAGCUGCUCGGAUGAGUUAAAGGAACGAUGACUUUCCAGCUGGUCCAGUUACAAACUUUAAAAUCUCUUCUUAGCCUCUGGGAAAGUUUUAUAAAUAUAAACUUUCACAUAUUAAAAAAAGAAUCAUAAUACAAAAAGUCAAAAUAUAACUAUUUAACAGAGGUUUGGGGUGAUUUUAGUUGCAGUACUGCGAGUGGCCACCAGGGGGAAACAGCUGAGUAUCAGUUUAACAUGGAUGUAUGAAAGGGCGCCACCACUCAGCCGAUGGUCACUUGUGGUACUGCAGCUAAAAGCACCACUAAAAGAGACGUCUGGAAAUCUGCAGAAAAGCUUAAUUAUUUACUUUUAAUGUUCUGAACUUUUGAUCAAUGGAGGUUUUUAUAUUUGUUAAACUUUCCUUGAGUCGAGGAGAAGAGAAAGCUCAGGAUGUAAAGUCAUCUCCAUGGUUACCAGGUCUCUUAAUUCGUCCAUGAAAAGAUGAUAAAUGUCUGCAGACGUCCUCACACAGCCGUUUUCCUCUGACUGUUAAAUAUGAUGCAAUAAGUUACAGCUGUUCUCUUCUUUUUACUUUCCAGAUGUUUUAAUGAUUGUGUGUUUGUGUGACAGGAAACAGAAUUAAGUGUUUUAUUUUGAAAAAGAUACGUCUGUUUUUUCUUUUUUACUUUUAGUUUUUGUAUGUUUUGUCGUUGACGCUGACGAACAAUAAAACAAUAAAAUCUACAGAAACAAAAAGUAAAUAAAACCCAAAAAGACGAAGUUUUUAAAAGUCUGACAGGAAACAAAAAUGUUUAAAUGACGCGUUGAUAAACUGAUUUAUCUGUUCGGCUGUUUGUGUCAUUAAAGAUGA